AAAGAUCAGUCGGGCACUACUAUCAAGAAUUACAAACUGGGAGAGAUCAUCGGUAAGGGUAACAACGGGAAAGUGUACAAGACCUUGAACAUGGAUACCGGCGAUGUUGUGGCUAUCAAACAAAUCCCCCUUCAUAACAUGGCAAAAGAGGAAAUCUCGAGCAUGAUGAAAGAAAUCGAACUUCUGAACCAUUUGGAUCAUGCCAACAUUGUCAAGUACCUCGCCUCGAUAAAGACCAAAGACUAUUUGAAUAUUGUUCUAGAAUAUGUCGAGAAUGGCUCCCUAGCGAAUACGGUCAAGAAGUUUGGAAGUCUCCCGGAGAGUUUGAUCGCUAUCUACAUUGAGCAGGUUCUGCAGGGGCUGCACUAUCUGCAUACUCAGGGCGUCAUCCAUCGAGACAUCAAAGGCGCUAACAUCCUGACCACCAAGGAGGGGACAGUCAAACUCGCUGACUUCGGAGUUGCGACGCGAAUGGGCGACGCCACUGCUCUGCCAGGAAAAGACUACCAUGAUGUGGCAGGGACUCCCUACUGGAUGGCCCCUGAGGUUAUCGAGAUGUCUCCUGCCUCGCCUGCCUCUGACAUCUGGAGCGUCGGAGCCACUAUCAUUGAGCUGCUGACAGGUUCCCCUCCUUACUUCGAUCUCGCUGCCAUGCCUGCCCUGUUCCGCAUAGUACAAGACCCCUGCCCUCCCCUUCCCAAGGACAUGUCGCCGGCGCUUGAUGAUUUCUUGAAGCUUUGCUUCCGCAAAGACCCCAGCACCAGGUUGACAGCGAAGCAGUUGCUGGACCAC